GCUUUCGGAUAUGCUUCAUAAGCGAGGCUCAAGUUCCGCCUCGUUUGCGCCUUGCGGUUGUCCCUCAGUAGACUCAAAACACACACACGACGUAUCGGAUGAUCAAGGAAUGUGCGUGUUUCAAGAGUUGCGAGCACCUGCUGCGAGAUUGGACGUUAUAUACUUGAAAAAAAUUGUGAUAAAACAGUGGAAUAGUUUGCAGAUUCAAUUCGCAAAGUUCUUCAUUUCAAAGUGCCUUUUCGAACAUCGCUUUCUCUCGCUUGCGACUGUUGCGACUAUAAAAUUUUGUAUCCGAUUCUGUGAUCCGCGAAGCCCUAUUGACGUUCGCGGUUUAAGAAUCCAUCUCCGCUUCAGGAAACGUCGGGGAGAGAGCAAGCUACUUAAGAAUCCUUCCCUCACCUCCUCCCGCCCCGUUGAAUUCGAUGUCGGGCGCACUUGAUAGGAAAGGAAAAAAAGAGCGGGAUGCGCAAGACGGGUGUGAUAAACUUGCGCGUGUAUCGAUCAGCUAUAGUGAUACCGUAGCGUUUCUUCCAGGCGAAUCGUCCCCGGGACGCAUCAUCAUGCCCGUCUGCCUCGGCACCGAUCGCACCGGCACCAUCGAGUUCCGGAUGCUCAGCAGGGACAGAAUCGAGGACGCCCUGCUCGUCCAGCGGGAUUCCAUGCGCCAGGAGUGCAUCGCGAUCGGCAUGGGGAUGUACGAGGAUCCCGGCGCGCCCGAAGAGAUGCAACUGGUCUUCAGGGAGGUGAUUAAGGACGGGUGCACGGUGAUCGCGGUCGAUCGAUCGGAUCGCGUUGUCGCCGUGGCGUUCAACAAGUUACACAUACCUUCUCAGCCGGAAGAAACGGAUCCCUUCGGAUUUUUUAUAGAAAACAACAUUAAGCAUCGUUCGUGCCGGGAUCUGAUUGAGUUUAUCGAUGAAAUAGAAUCGCGAGUGGACGUCUUCCAGAAGUACAACGCGCGGGGCGCUAUGGAAAUCUUCUACAUAGGCACGGAUCCGAAGUGUCAGAAGCGCGGUAUCGGCCUGGAGAUCGCGGAGAAGAGCAUCGAGGUCGCGCGGGGCUUGUGCGCCAGGAAGCUGAAGCAGAUCUGCGUGGCCGACGGAAUCGUCAACGAGCACGUGCGACCGGAGGUGGUUUUCGCCGUGGCGGCCUCGACGUUCAGCCAACGUAUCUUCGCGAAGCUGAGCUUCGACACGCUCGCCGAGGUGCCGUCCGGCGUUAGGCGAACUUCCCCUACGUACGCGGCGGCAAAAGGAUGUCCGACAGGAUAGGCAAUGCGCACAAGACGGCCGCCUUAGCCGCUCGCAAGCUCUGACGACGGUCGGUCUUCACCCUGGAUCUCAGAUAAUGGCAUUAGUAUCUAAAAUUCGCUCUAAAGGGAGGGAAGGUUAAGUAGUAUUUACGUGCUGCGGAAGAAUAAUUCAAACAGCAAUGUUGUAACACCGUUAAUACAAUGUUAUGUAAUAUAAUGUUAUACAAAAUAAUAUAUUAGUUACUGUUACAUACCGAGCGCAUUAAUCAACUUAAAAUUAACACCGAGAUUAAAAUGUAACUGUUAAUACAGAGAGAUUACAAAAUAUCUUAUACUCGCACGCACAAAGGAAUCGGCGGAAAUGAAAUUGCUAGCUGGGCUACGCGUUCAUCGCUAUUGUAAAUUGUAAAAAACGUUUUGAAAAUUAUCCUUGCCGGUCGGCUCCACAAUUUCAAGAAUAUUGUCUAUCACCUGGCUAAUUUUUUUUCUGCGUUGUAAAAAAAAUUGCACGGAAGAGUGCAAAAACUACUGUGUACAUUUCUAUUAUAAAUUAUACAGCUUUUACACUCUUUUACAGUGUACUGAUUGUAAGACAGUAAAAGGUUUAAUUGUCUACCGCUAACAUUGACUAAAUUAUUUUUUCGGAUAGGAAAAAGAUAUAACAAUAUUUUUUUAUAUAAGUAUAUUAGCACAUUCAAUAUAUCAUAUCCACGACCGCAACAGAACGCUCGUAAAGUCGACACCGGCGAAGACGGCAUCACAAUUUUGAGCGAAGCUUCUCGUUUCUGUGUAUUAUCUCCCAUAAAAUUACGACGCGACGUGCGUCAUUAACAAAUUUUUAAGCGAAAUAUCGGACGACAAGUAUAUUAUUCUCGACGGUUCACGACGUCUCGAUCGGACCGCGAUUAUCACGAUUAUAUCUACCGGUGCUUCGACAAAGCCGCAGAAAACGACAACAAUCAUAUACGAAUAAUGCUAGCUCCUGCACUUUUUUUUCUUUUCGCGGAAUAUUAACGUGUUUACAGUAGCCGGCGACGGAAUCACUGUGUAGAAACGAUUAGCUAUUGCUUACAAUAUUUGUCUCCAUGCUUGACAAACUAUUGGAUAAUUACUAUUAAUGGCUACAUCUUUUUUUUUUCUAAAUCUGAUACGCGUGUCUUUUCUCUGAAGGCUUUAAUGAUCGGAACUUGGCGCGAUGUGUUAUUUGAUAGACACACCCAAUGUAUAAGAUUAUUAAUAAACUUGCAUUAAAAUUAUUAAUAUGAAGGGACUAUACCAUGUGAAACAAUCACCUAUUACUAUUCUGAUAUUGAAAAAAACUUAAUACUCUUAAUUCUUUUCUAACGUUUUGUAUAACACUUUGUAUUAAUCAUGAAAAUUCUUGUGUACAAGUUAUAAAAAAAAA